AUUAUUAUAGCAAACAUUAUAGCGAAAAAUAUUGUGAAUCAACAAAAGAUUUUGUGAAAUUUGUGAAUAAUAUUCGAUUAUUACGAAAUUACUCAAAUUACGCUUCAUAGUACGGUUUUUAAAUGCCGUCAAUGUUUAAAUCCAUACUGUGCAUACUAUGCUAAGGUGGAAAACCUGCUACAAAAAUGAAGUUUCAGUUCCUAAUGAUGAUUCAAUCCGUGCCCUGGCUUUUGGUCUUCGUAUGCUCCAGUCAGCUGGCUAGGGCAGGGGACAUAGUGGACAUUACGGACACCGUCUUCGGUUCGAUGACCGACACAAUUCCCGUGGCGUACGGGGAUUUCAAUUCCGACGAACUGUUCGACAUGUUUGUGCUGCGAAACAAUUUCCGGACGAUCCAGAUCCUGUUUGGCAGUGACGAUAAACCGCUACUCCAGCCCGGGCCAAAGUGCGAUUACACAAACUUUCACAUCACCAGCGUCGUUCCGGGCGAUUUCGAUGGGGACGCUUACAUGGAUGUGAUGUUUACUGUACAAGGGGAAGGGGACAAUCAGUCGGUCUAUAUAAACUGGGGCGGAUCGGAAUAUAUGAACUGCACCAGGGAGGAUGAGGAACCGCUAAUAGUUAUGAAGGGGCAACCGUUGGCGCUGGAUUACGAUAAGGACUUUAUCAUUGAUUUGUUUGGAAUGGACACGAAAGGCGUGCGGAAGUUCUGGAUUUUCAAGAAGCCCAAAGAUGGAAAAAGGAGAUUACCAGAUACUUUCCCAAUGGAUGGGAGACAUGGUACCCCACUGAAAGUUCCUCAUUCUCAUGCCAUCGUUGAUCUCGACAAGGAUUUCACGGCGGAUUUAAUUCUCACAACCGAACAAGGUUAUGAGGUGUGGAAGGGAACGGAUACAGAGAAAGAGUUCUUCUAUCUUCAUAAAUUAGACUUCCCUGUCGGAAAUUAUGAUGCACACAUUGGCCAGUCGAUAUUUUUAGACGCAGAACUGGAUGGCAAUUUGCUGCAGAUUGUUCCUAUAUGCUUCAACAAGAAUUGCAUGAAUUCUAGCAUUUUAGUCUACCACGGGAAUCAUUUUCAUGAUCUGCAGAUUGAUUUUAAGGAUGAUCAUAAUGACGUUUGGGGCUUUGUUGUUCCGGAUAGGACGAAUUGGGCGAACCAGGUGAUAACGCUCCGAGGAGGAGAUUUCAAUUUAGACGGAUAUCCGGACCUUCUGGCGACUCUGUCCAAAUCGUCCGGUCAGUUUCAAACAUUUCUGCUGGAGAAUGUACCUUGCGAAAAGUUGGCUUGCAAUCACAUGAAGCGAACUUUCGUUGUACGUUGGAAGGCUCUGGCUCCCUUCACGAACGGAACAAUAAUGGGUUCGUUCUAUGAUUUCUACAAUAAUGGAAUUUUGGACGUCAUUUUUGUGGAAAAUGUGGGCAACACUACUCGUCCCGUUGCGUUUCGGAACUCUCUCGAUUACGAUGCCAACUUCGUGAAGGUGAUCGUUUUGACCGGUUUGACGAAUCAGCGAGGGCCAAAAAAACUCACACCCCUGGGACGGAAAAAACGAACCUACGGCACAAACCUCCCCGGUCCGCGUAUUGAAUACAACACAACAACCCAGGAUGGCGAUCCGCAGCAUGGUGCGUCGGCGCAGCUCCCGCAAUCCGCCUACUUUUCGCUCCACUUGCCCUACACAACGUUCGGUUUGGGUCGCACUCCGAAUUUUGUCGACUCGCUGACCGUCGGCCUAUCCAACCAUUCCCGCACUUGGACGCAACUGAUCCCAAACUCGCAGAUGAUUGUAGUCCCUUACCCGAUUGACGAAACCGACAAGUGGAAGGCGCAGCUGUUUGUCACCCCUAGCAAGCUGAUUCUGAUGAGUGUCGUUGCGUUGGGUGGCAUCUGUCUGGUCAUUCUGUUGCUGAUUCUGAUACUGUACGGCAAGGAGAAGCGAGAGGAUCGAAUCCAGCGGUCCCUCGAAGCGCACCGAUUCCACUUCGAUGCGAUGUAAAGCAGCGUUCAACACGAGAUGCGAGAGAAGGUACUUGUUCUGCGAUAUUUAUUUCUACGUUUUGUUUAGGACUUGUGUUUUUUAUUCUUGAAAAUGUAUUUAAACCCUUUUCGAAUAAUUUAUUAUUACCUACGGCACUGAGUAAUAUAAUGAAGGUACAUUUUGUUAGCGGUACUACUACUGAUAAUCCUAAUAACACAAA